UCUUUAUCUAAAACGCUCUCUCAGUGUGUGAUUCCAGUUUAGAAGCCUCCAGAAUCGACGUUGGUGUUUGGAUCCGAUGAUAAAGGCCGUUCUUAUUCGCUCUUGUUCCUCUCCUUUGCUUGUCGAAGCUAAGGAUUUCCGUCGUUCAAAUGCUUCCGGCAGAAGAACUGUUUCGAGAUUAAUCAUAACUUCUUCUUCUUCUUCCUCAAGAAGUAGUCCUAAUAUUCCUAAGCUCGAGCCGUUUAGCCGAACCAGACUCGAAAGAGCUGUCAAGCAACCGCCGUUGAUUGAAAAGGCCGAGAACGAGCUCUCCGAUUAUUGUUCCACUCUUGAAGGUGAUGAUUCUUACAGCUGCUGGAGAGCUUAUUUUGAGCUGAAAGAUUUGGAAAGAGAAUCAUCAAAAGAGGAUGUAGAGAAAUUAAUUCUCCAAGUAGGCGGAGUGAAGUCCUUGAUCGGAUGCUUACAUGGAAUUUCCUCGAUGCACAAAGGAAGAAAGAAUGGUUUUGGUUCCAUGACACCAUCAACCACGGAGAAAGAAAGAGAGAGACGAUGUCCAAUACCAGAUGGAUUGCCAAAAUCGAAGGAAGAGCUAGAAGAGGAAGAGAGAGCUAGAAUGCCUGAUUCACCAUAUACUAGAUUACUCCGAGCUAAAGGAAGGUUUCCUGCUUGGUACUCUCCUACUCCUGACCAUGAAACAGAUUGAUAAAUAAGCUGCAUCGUGUGGAGAACUUCUGUUAAGUUGCUUGUCUGAGCAAUUAAUAUAAAUAAAUGUAAUUGCUCUGAAAAAUUUUCAGUUGAUUGUUGCCGUCAAAUUAUUACCACUGGAUGAGAUUUUGGUCUGUGUAAUUAGAAGUGCUUUGUGCUAUAAGUUAUGAUUCCAACAUUUAUCAUCUGUGAAAUUUGUGAAUAUUAUUGCAAUGUUUCAGUUGUGAAUAAUAGCAACUGCGAAAUUUGUGAA